AUGUGGCUGUUCCUCUCUAACCUAGGUGACAGCGGGUUUCUGUCUCUCGCCACAUUCAGAUGUCUCUCGCCACAUUCAGAUGUCUCUCUCUCUCCCUGCCCUUGGAAAGAUUACACAAGACUGCGUCCUUUUGGUGUAUUUUUGUGUGAGAGUGUACGAAGAGAGAAGGGAGGCUAUCUUUCUCACUCCCUCUUCACGCGGUUAUAUCUGUCGGUGUCUCUCUUUCUCUCUGUCCCCAAGUAUAGCUGUGGAUCUGUUUUUGUGUUUUCCUCCUCCCUGACCCUGGCGGUUUCUCUCUCCAGGAGGAUUCGCGUUUUCCCCGGCCACAGAUUGCUAACGUCUCGUAUCCCCCGCGGAGCUGCACGACCUCUGGCAAACGGCCGCUCUGCUGAAUCCGGGCUGCGGUUGGACAGACUCGGCCGCCGCUUCCGAUGGUUUCACGUUAUCAAUAUUAUCACCAUCUUCGCUGUCGCCGCCACCGCAGCGAAACUUCAUGAAGAUUCCGCUCGCGCUUCCUUGCUUGCUUUCUUGCAAGGACUCUUCACAUUUUAUCAUCAUGGCUAUGAGCUGGCAAAAGACUUUGGACAUUUUAAAACUCCACUUCAGAUCAGCAUUCAGAAUACACGGGACCGUUUUGAGGGUACACGAUCUGAAGUUGAAUCAUUAAUGAAGAAAAUGAAGGCGAACCCUCAAGAACAUCAGAGCAUUAGCCCAUACACAAUGGAGGGUUACCUCUUUGUGCAGAAAAAAAGUCCUUUUGGAUCCAGUUGGGUGAAGCACUACUGCACGUAUCAGAAAGAAGCCAAGAAGUUUACAAUGGUGCCAUUUGACCAAAAAACUGGAGGAAAAAUAGGAGAUGAAGAAACAUUUACCCUAAAGUCAUGCAUUAGGAGAAAAACAGAUUCCAUUGAGAAGAGGUUCUGUUUUGAUGUGGAAGGAGUGGACAGGGCAACCACGAUCACCAUGCAGGCACUUUCUGAGGAGGACAGAAGGCUGUGGAUAGAGGCCAUGGAUGGCAGAGAGCCGGUGUACAACUUGAAUAAGGACAAUCCAAUAAGUGAAGGCGCUGCCCAACUGGACAAAGUUGGAUUUGAUUUAGUGAAGAAAUGUAUUCGUGCUGUUGAAGAAAGAGGUUUAAAUGAACAGGGCCUAUAUCGAAUAGCUGGUGUUAACUCCAGAGUACAGAAGCUAUUAGGUUUAUUAAUGGGAUCAGUUGAUGUAGAUUUGGAGACUUCAACUGAAUGGGAGAUAAAGACUAUUACCAGCACACUUAAACAUUAUCUGAGGGUUCUCCCAGCUCCACUGAUGACAUUCCAAUUACAACACAGCUUUAUCAAAGCAGCCAAAUUGGAUCAUCCAGAAUCGAGACUGUCAGAGAUUCACAAAUAUGUGCAUCGGCUGCCAGAAAAGAACAGAGCCAUGUUGGAAAUAACAAUCAAACAUUUGGCAAAGGUGUCCAAAAAUCACAAACAAAAUCUGAUGACUGUGGCAAACUUGGGUGUGGUGUUUGGACCAACUCUGCUUAGACCAAAGGAGGAAACUGUAGCAGCAAUCAUGGAUAUCAAAUUCCAGAAUAUAGUUGUUGAAAUUCUAAUAGAAAACCACGAACAGAUUUUCCAGAUAGUGCCAGAAACUGCCCCAAUUCAACCAAAUGUAACAUUGAGUUCUGCACAGAGGAAGAGUUUUGAAUGUAAGCCUCCCUUGUGUAGCCAGAGGCCUUUAAUGUUGUUUCCAGCAAAUUCAAAUGAAAAUGAGAAGCAGAAAAACAUUGCAAACUCCAGUACUGAAUCUGUGAUCAUCCCUACUGUGAAUGCUUCAUCGAAUUCUAAAACUCAUCGACAAAGCGUGCAUAGCCUUGGCUGUUGUGACACUGAAGCUUCUGCAGUGAAAUUGGAACGACCCAAUUCUCUGGCUGUGUGGUCAAGUUAUGCAACUUUAUCAGCUAGAUUCCGCAAAAGGUUAAACUCCAAAAGGAAACCCAGUGUUACUAGUCCUCUCCCUCCCAGUCCCAGCUCACCAUUAUCACCCUCGUGGCCCAUGGUUUCAGCACCUUCAAGUCCAGUACCUGUUUCCUCAACUUCCAGCGACUCCUCCCCUCUCAGUAUUCAAUGUCGCAAAGCUCGAGCCUUGUAUGCAUGUAAAGCGGAGUAUGACUCAGAAUUAUCCUUUAGUGCUGGAACCAUGUUUGAAAAUGUUCAUUCAUCCAAAGAACCUGGUUGGCUUGAAGGAACAUUGGAUGGGAAAACUGGACUAAUUCCGGAAAAUUAUGUUGAGUUUCUAUAGCCAAAGGUGGAAGACGUUAUUUCGGAGCACUACAUGGUAUCCAUGGCAAUGUGCGAAGACAUCAACAAGAUUUUAGCUUUUAAGGUUUUACUUCUAUUGCAGUAAUGCAAUAAGGAAAGAUUAGUGAACUGGAGAUAGAUGAUUGAUUAACUUUAACCCUAGCCUUUACUGUCCUGUAGUGUUGAUUUGAUUCACUGUUAAUUUAUCAAACCAGAGCCUGUAAUUAUUUCUGAAGGAUUUUGUUUUAAUUCAAGCAGUUCCUGGAUUCCUAAAUUAGGGUUUAUUUUAUCUGAACUAUACUGUAUCAUGUAUAUAGUGUAGAUAUUCAUUCUAUGAAGGUCGUGGCAAAUGUAAUCAACAUGAUGUAGGCAGUGUGUUGUUUCAGCUUUUCCUUUGCAAAGUAUCUGUUAGUUUGCCAUUUCAUUUCAAGAUGUUUCCAGCAUUGACCAGAAAUUAAGCUGGUCAGACUACUUGUCUCCUAACAAGGAUUUCUCCCAACAGAACAGUUGGAAUCACACGCUUAAAUUAUAGAAUUGUGAUAAUGCAUACCAGAGCUACAAGGGGCUUAGAAUGAUGCCAUCAGAUGGUCAAAUUUUAUACUGAGAUAAAGCUCACACCACUGUCUAUAUGACUAUUUUAAAAUCUUAAUCACUAUGGGAAACAUUUUUUUUUUUUCAAAUAUAUUAGUGAUAUUUGCAUGAGAUUUGUUUAUAGAAAAAUGAUUGCCCUCUGAUGUAAAAAAAAAUUGGAUUUUAAGAAUGUUACUAUUUUAAAUAAAAACGUUUGUAUAACAUUUUUAAAAAUGACAAUCAACCAGAAAGUGAGAUGUUUCAAACUAUCUUCACAUCAGAAUUUAUUUUUAACUGUACUGAAAAAUGAAUUUUGAGCAACAAAGUAUGAUUUUAGCAAUCUUCCUUCCCUUGCUUCUGAAGCUGGAGAGGUAGUUAUGCUUGUGCCAAUUUCUAAAAAGAAAACAGAUCUAAUCUGGUUUCAUAUAAAUGUAAUGAUUUCGAAUCAUCUUUGAAACCUGGACUUUCAAACACAGCAACAACAAAAACCUGAGAUAACAAGGUGUAGAGCUGGAUGAACACAGCAGGUCAAGCAGCAUCAGAGGAGCAGGAAGGCUGAUGUUUCGGGCCCAGACCCUUCUUCAGAAAUGCAUUUAUUUUUCCAGGGUGCAAUAAGAAAAGGUUCCAUGAUCAGAAUAUACAUCCAUUAAAAGGCUGAACCUACUGUAUUGGUUUGACAGUGAGCAUAAGUAAAGAGGUGUAAGCAAUGUGUGUCUGUUUAGGACAAGCUUUUUUCCUAAUUUAGUCAUCUUGCAUAUUUAGCUUUUUAGGGGAUCAUUGGGCUUUGAACUGCUAGGAAGGAGCAGGAUGAAAAAAAUGAAGGAAAGAAAAAUCUGGGAGAACAAAAGGAAGCUUUCACGGUCUAUUUGUCAUUCUACUUCUUGAUUCAAACUGAACAAAAUAUGUAUCAAAUGAAGAUUGAGGGUUUUUUUUUAAUGGAUAUUAUAUUUUGAGGGAUAUCUUUGCUUUUUAAAAUUUCUGAAGUCCUCAUUACUGACUUAAUGGCAAGCUUGCUGAGUCCAGUUGGUUGUCAUAUGAAGAGUUAUUUUGUGUGAUUUUGCAGCAGUGGUUAAUGUGCCUUCCAUGUGGUUCACUGUUAUCAAAAUUGUUGCUAGAUAGCUCAUCCGAUUCAAAAGUGUAUUGUUAUCAAAGGUGCAUCCCUUUGCAUUGUCUGUAAUUAUCUUCAGAUUGCAAUAAAAUUAUUUGGUGUAUGGAA